ACGUGUUUUGCGCAUUUCCUGAACUGGCGCUCGUGCGCAGGGAGGGAGAGCGCGAGAGCGCGAGAGCGAACAGGGAGGAAGGCUGCAGGAAACCUCUGUAGCGAAAUCCACUAUAUGAGCCAGUAGCUCAAAUGCUGUCGGGGAGUCCUUCAAAUCAACAAAGCAAAUAAGAAACAGUACAGUAUCUCAGUGAGUGGAUGGCAGUAGGUCUCCGAGCGGUUCGUCAGCAGACUGGGAGAAGGAGGAAUCCCGAACACCUCUCCCAAUCACCGCCUAUUGUAAAACGAGUAGUAGAAGACAAGCCCCGCUGAGGACCAACAUAUUUGGGAUAUUUUCCUCUGUUACUGCCGAUAUUUUUGCUCUUGACUCAUUCGCACAGCCUUUCCUCUUCAACUGAACGCUAUUCCAGACGUAGGGAAUUCGUGUGUUUACGUAUGGCUCCCGUCGGAUCGUAAACAAAAACAGGAUCACCGAAACCUCCGGAUUUGCAUCCUAUUUGAUUGCUCUGCUCAAAUGAGAGAAUCAGGUUGAUCCGUUGUGUUGGGGACUAAAUCAUCACAGCACCAUCUCUACAUGCAUGUAUGCAUACUGAUGACGUGAUGAUAUCUACGGGCGUAACGACUCCCUGAAUUAAAAUCGGCAUCUGAAACCGCUCAUUCUUGCAAAGGGAAGCCAGUUUAGGGUCAUCAUGGUGGUUUUUAAUGGAGUAUUGAAGAUCAAGGUUUGUGAGGCUCUAGACCUGAAGCCCACCCCAUGGUCACUCCGGCACGCCGUCGGACCAAAGACACAAACCUUCUUACUGGACACCUAUAUCGCCCUCAACGUGGAUGAUUCCCGUGUGGGUCAAACAUCGACCAAGCAGAAGACAAAUAGUCCAGCUUGGAACGACGAGUUCGUAACUGAGGUUUACGAUGGGAAGAAAAUUGAACUGUCGGUCUUUCAUGAUGCACCAAUUGGCUAUGAUGACUUUGUGGCCAACUGCAUCAUUCAGUUUGAAGACCUGCUGCAGAAUGGUAGUAGGCACUUUGAAGAUUGGAUCGACCUGGAACCGGAGGGCAAAGUGUACGUCAUCAUUGACCUUUCAGGAUCCUCAAGUGAGGCAGCUACAUCAUCCAAUGAAAAUGAGGAGAGAGUGUUCCGUGAGCGAAUGCGACCGCGGAAACGGCAGGGGGCGGUCCGGAGGCGUGUCCAUCAGGUUAACGGACACAAGUUUAUGGCCACUUACUUGAGACAACCCACCUACUGCUCCCACUGCCGAGAUUUUAUCUGGGGUGUGUUGGGGAAACAGGGCUAUCAGUGUCAGGUGUGCACCUGUGUGGUCCAUAAAAGAUGCCAUGAACUCAUUAUCACAAAAUGUGCUGGCUUGAAGAAACAGGAAGACACUCCUGAAGAGGUUGGCUCCCAGCGCUUCAGUGUAAACAUUCCACACAUGUUCAGCAUUCACAAUUACAAAGUCCCCACUUUCUGCGACCACUGCGGCUCCUUACUUUGGGGACUGAUGCGGCAGGGACUGCAGUGCAAAGCCUGUAAAAUGAAUGUCCAUCGGCGCUGUGAAAGUAAUGUAGCUCCUAGUUGUGGUGUCGAUGCCAGAAAAAUUGCUAAAGUGCUCUCUGACCUCGGUGUGACACCAGACAAGAUCUCCAAUAGUACCCAGCGCAGGAAAAAGUUGACCCCAGGGCAGGACCCUCAGCAACCCACAUCAGAUACGCCCUCAUCACAGGAGUCUGAUCGCUGCAAAUCGGCUCCAACAUCACCCUGCGACCAGGCAGAGCUUGCAGAACUGGAGAGCAUCCGUAAGGCUUUGUCAUUCGGCCAGGAGCACAAGUCUUCCUCCUCUUCCUCAUGCGGCGGCAUUCAGAGCACAUCGCCCGAGGGCCGGGAGAAUGGACACCUGAAGAUAGUCCAGACGAAGAGGAUGAGUCUGACCGACUUCUCCUUCAUCAAAGUUCUGGGGAAAGGCAGCUUUGGCAAGGUAAUGCUGGCAGAGCUGAAAGGCUCAGAUGAAGUUUAUGCUGUGAAAGUGCUGAAGAAAGAUGUCAUCCUGCAAGAUGAUGAUGUGGACUGCACUUUGACAGAGAAACGCAUUCUGGCCCUGGCUAGAAAGCAUCCGUAUCUAACCCAGCUUUUCUGCUGCUUCCAGACAAAGGAUCGGUUGUUCUUCGUUAUGGAGUAUGUGAAUGGAGGAGACUUGAUGUUUCAGAUCCAGCGCUCACGAAAGUUUGACGAAGCUCGUUCCCGUUUCUACGCAGCUGAGGUCACAUCCGCGCUUAUGUUCCUGCAUCAGCACGGCGUUAUCUACAGAGACCUGAAGCUGGAUAACAUUCUGUUGGAUGCUGAAGGCCACUGUAAACUGGCUGACUUUGGGAUGUGCAAGGAGGGCAUUCUGAACGGCGUCACGACCACCACCUUCUGUGGGACCCCUGACUACAUCGCCCCUGAGAUCCUGCAGGAGUUGGAGUACGGGCCAUCAGUGGAUUGGUGGGCUUUGGGCGUGCUCAUGUAUGAGAUGAUGGCUGGUCAACCUCCAUUUGAAGCUGACAAUGAGGACGACCUGUUUGAGUCCAUUCUCCAUGAUGACGUUCUUUAUCCUGUGUGGCUCAGCAAAGAAUCAGUCAGCAUUCUGAAAGCUUUUAUGACAAAGAGCCCUAAUAAGCGUCUGGGGUGUGUGGUGACCCAGGGGCUGGAGGAAGCCAUCAAAGUCCACCCCUUCUUCAGAGACAUUGACUGGGUGCUGCUGGAGCAGAGGAAGAUCAAACCACCCUUUAAACCUCGCAUCAAAACCAAGCGUGAUGUGAAUAACUUCGACCAAGACUUCACUCGCGAGGACCCUGUGCUCACACCAGUUGACGAGGCCAUCAUAAAACAAAUCAACCAGGAUGAAUUUAAGGGUUUCUCUUACUUUGGAGAGGAGGCUUCAUCUUAAAGCCCUGGCACCUAUCAGUUCAAAUAAAAACACACAGUAAACAUACCCACAUCGCCACCCAAUACAUUAAUACACUCUCCACAGAUGUGCUGAAGACGCCACAGGUUGGGCUCCGAACAGAAGAGCCGGAAUUCAGUUCUCCUUUACUGCUGUUUUCGUUCUUUUAUUCUUCUCUGUAUCUCCAAAAGAGAAACAUUUGUACUGCAUAUUCUCAUAACAGUGGAUGUCAUACAGUACCAGGCCUCUACAGUAAUGUCACUGUAAUGUUUCAAAAAGCUACAAGUUUGGAAACCAAUCAGAAAAGAAUGUCCUCCAGAGCCCCAGAAGGAAGGGUCGGAACGCACUACCUUAAACCAAAUUGACAAUACCAAUGAUUGUACUACCAUUUGGACACCAGUCAGGUCUCCAUAGUCCCUGAUGGAAGCGGUUGUGCCCUUGGAAGAAUAUACCCUGCAUACGUGACAAUGAAUGAAACAUGUUGUGCUGUGCAGUCAAAUGCCUUUUUGUGUAUUCAGGUGACAUUUUGGGAGCAAUUUUAUAAAUAUAUAUAAAAAGACAUUUAAAAAAAGAACUUUGUAGGAUAUAUACUGGCAGCCAAAAGUUUGGAAUAAUGUACAGAUUUUGCUCUUAUGAAAAGAAAUUGGUACUUUUAUUCACCUAAGUGGCAUUCAGCUGAUCACAAUGUAUAGUCAGGACAUUAAUAACGUGAAAAAUUACUAUUAUAAUUUGAAAAAAAAAAAAACGUCUUCAGAACAUCAGAAAAUCCUCCACGUGCAGCAAUGACAGCUUUGCAGAUCCUUGGCAUUCUAGCUGUCAGUUUGUCCAGAUACUCAGGUGUCAUUUCACCUCACGCUUCCUGUAGCACUUGUCGGGCACUUCUGACGCACCUUACAGUCUAGCUGAUCCCACAAAACCUCAAAAGCUAUUGCAUCUUGUGGCAACUCAAAAACAAACACAAAGACAAUGUGAAGCUUCAUUUAAUGAACCAAAUAGCUUUCAACUGUGUUUGAUAUAAAGUGAUUUUCUAGUACCAAAUGAGCAAUUUAGCAUGAUUACUCAAGGAUAAGGUGUUGGAGUGAUGGCUGCUGGAAAUGGGGCCUGUCUAGAUUUGAUCAAAUAUGACUUUUUUCAAAUAGUGAUGGUGCUGUUUUUUUUACAUCAGUAAUAUGCUGACUAUACUUUGUGAUCAGUUGAAUGCCACUUUGGUGAAUUAAGGUACCAACUUCCUUCCAAAACAGCUAAAUGUACAUUAUUCCAAACUUUUGGCCACCAGUAUAUAUAUAUAUACGUUCUAUGACAGUGUUAUGAAGGCCCAUUAGGAAUGAUAACCUGCUGUAUAUAGGUUGUGUUACGAUGUGUUCCAUUGGCCUGAGUAGGUGUGUGCAUGACAUGUGUCCGUAUGCAUGUGUUUGCAUGAAUGAGAGCGGGAGGUCUUGCUUUCCUGAAGCUCUACAAUUUUUCUUGUUUUCAUGUUGUUUUGCAAUGGCUUUUCCUUUUGCGCUUGACUGUGUAAAGGCUCGGUGUGUGUGUGUGUGUGUAUGUGAGUGUGUAUGCGUGUCGUGCCCCACCACUAUGCAUAAGAAAGUAUAGUUGUGGGAAGACAGACCAGCACCCAUAGCUGUCCAGUCUUUCUGUACAGAACGUAACAUGUACAUAGUAUUUGCUCCAAAGCCUGUGAAAGCUUCGUAGAGUAGGCAGUUGUUGCAUGGUCUUGCAAAAUGUGUUGUUAUUGAGUAGCAUAAGUCUAUGGAAAGAAAAACAUUUUGAUAUCUAUAUGUGCAAUACCCUGAACACAUUUUUCCCCAUUCUUUCAUUAUUAUUAUUAUUAUUUUUAAUUUUAUUUUUAUUUUUUGUUCGUGUUCUUGUUGUCAGUUCCUCUGGUGUAGACUGAUUUUCUGGUUUCGAACAGUGAAGAGUGAGUGCUCCAUAGGUUAGAGCUUCACCAAAGGCUUUUUCACUCUCUUUUGCACCUACACUUUCUGUUGCUGGUUACAUCUCUCUAUGCUACUUUCAUAUUUAUAGUGUGCUGAAAUACAUAAGCUGUGGAAUGUAGUAAAUUAAUGUUUGAGCUCUUAAUUUAUUCAAUAUACAUGUAGCUAUGCUUCCCUUUGUGUCAAUAAGUCAAUAAUUUCCCAGUGUCUUUUUGUGUUCUCUUAUUUCAGACAGUUAAGCCUUGUUAAACACCUCCAUAGAUCUUUUGACCUAUUCAGUUUUGUUUUUACUUUUUGUGAACUACUUGUAGAUUAAUCGUUUAUUUGUAUAAUGUGAAAGACUUUAAAGGGGAGGUGAGUGAAAAGAAAAGGGUACAUUUCAGGCGUACUAAUUAAAACCUUCUGGAAUGUGAUGACUUUUGCUUCAGCAAUUCAACAGCAAUUUCAAAAAGUGUUGUUUUCUUUUUAAAAGUGGUUCUUUUAGAUUGCUGUCCUUGCCUCUAAAGUUUUUAGUUUUUUUUUUAUUUCACUUGUUCAACAUUUCACUGUUUUGUUACUUUUUUUAUCUGUCUGUGGGUUGAUUUUGGUAGCUAGGUCAUGUUGCUCAUCGUCGUUGAAGCCUUUUCUUUUGCAGGCACCUUCCUGUCUCUCGCCCACAGCAGCCUGUCUCACCGCACCAUGCCAAAUGUCUCCUCAGUGCUUCAACUUUAUUUUUCCUCUUGGUUUCCUUUUGAAUUGUAAAGAAAUGAACUUGAUAUAUAGGAAUCAUCCAUGGGAUUGUCUUUUAUAGUCAAAUAAAGUAAAUAAACUAACCUAAGGAUUACCUCUUAAACUAAGUGCAAAGAUUUCUCUGGCUGAAUAUUGAAUAUUCGUGCAUACAGUAUUAAACUACAGUACAUAAAUGUUUCAUAUGUAUGAUAGUGCUGUAUUAUAUACUACAUCUGGUAUUGGACUUUAGUAUCUGUAUGGUGAAGCUUUAUGUGCACCGAGGUAUUUCUUUUCUGGAUACAUUAGCAUUAUCUCAUUGUAAGCAUUUUACUAUGUGCCAAAUGUACUGUCGUCUAAGGGAUGUGAAUGUUCUGUUUAUCCUAUUAAAACCCAAGAUGUAUG